AUGUACGAGUCAUAUCGUCCCCAUCCGCUGCUGGCCCAAGUGCCCUUGACCGUCUCGCCGUUCAUCAGCCUGCCCACCGCAGUGACCCUGCCGUAUACCUACAAAUCCGUGUCCUCGACGCUUCCUCCCUCGGUGACAGUCGAUCCCGCCAACCCUGACGCCAAGGCCCGCUAUGUCGUCUCUUCAAGCGGCAGUCACGCGGCGCAUCCGGAAGAGAUUCUGGCCUCCUGCGAGUCGCUGGAGGAGCACCUGAAGAAGACGCAGGCCGAUGCAGAGACGCUGGUGAAGGAAUGGGAAGAAUCGGUCAAGCAACGAGAGCUGGCAGAGAAGAGACGCGUUGCUCCAGGGUGGCUGGAUCGCGAGGAGAAGCUGUUACAGCCUACCCAAGCGUCGCCAGCACCGGCCUCGUCCGAUAAGCCACAACAGCAGAGCCAUUCUACCGCUCAGGAUACACAGGAGACUUCAACGAUACGGGACGAGGGUGAAGAGCUGGAUCGAGCGUUUGGUGGUCUGGCUGUUAAAUGA